AUGUAUUUAUCUCUAUCUAUCUAUCUUUCUAUCUAUCUAUCUAUCUAUCUAUCUAUCUAUCUAUCUAUCUAUCUAUCUAUCUAUCUAUCUAUCUAUCUAUUUUUCUAUCUAUUAUCUAUCUAUAUAUAUCUAUCUAUUUCAGUUAUUGUUAUAUCUAUCUAUCUAUCUAUCUAUAUAUAUAUCUAUCUAUUAUCAUUAUCUAAAACAUCUAUAGUGAAUAUUUCUGUCAUUAUCUAUCUAUCUAUCUAUCUCCACAUCUAUUUAGUCUAUCUAUCAUCUAUCUAUCUAUCUAUCUAUCUAUCUAUCUAUAUCUAUAAUCUAUCUAUCUAUCUAUCAAAUCCAUUAUCAUCUAUCUAUCUAUCUAUUCAUCUAUCUAUCUAUCAUCUAUCUCAUUAUCUAUCUAUCUAUCUAUAUUUAAAAAUUUAUUUUAAUCUAUCUAUUAUCUAUCUAUCUAAAAAUCUAAUAUUUAUUAUUCAUCUAUCUAUCUAUCUAUCUAUAUCAUAUCUAUCUAUCUAUCUAUCUAUCUAUCUAAAACAUUCUAUUUCAGUCUGUUAUCAUCUAUCUAUCUAUCUAUCUAUCUAUCUAUCUAUCUAUCUAUAUCUAUCUAUCUAUCUAUCUAUCUAUCUAUUUCAGUCUGUUAUCAUCUAUCUAUCUAUCUAUCUAUCUAUCUAUUUAUCAUUUAUCUAUUUUAUCUAUCUCAUAUCUUUCUAUCUGUUAUAUCUAUCUAUAUCUAUCUAUCUAAUAUCUAUUUCAUCUGUUAUAUCUAUCUAUCUAUCUAUCUAUCUCAUCUGUUAUCAUAUAACUAUCUAUCUAUCUAUCUAUUUCUAUAAAAUAUCUAUCUAUCUAUCUAUCUAUAGAUUCUAUCUAUUUCAGUCUACAAUAUUUAUCUAUCUAUCUAUCUAUCUAUGUCAUCUAAUUUCAUCAUCUAUCUAUCUAUUCAUCGAUAUUUAUAGUUAUAUCUAUUCAUUUAUAUCUAAAAUUAUCUAUCUAUUAAUAUUUAUCUUCAUUAUCUAUAUAUCUAUCUAUCUAUCUAUUAUAAUAUCUAUCUAUCUAUCUAUCUAA